GAAUCAUAUAGGGAGGAGGACGGGGCAGCGGAGGACACCGACUUGUCUGGGGGGGGCGGGGAUGGAGGUGUCACUAUUAGUGACAACUAAACCGUCCCCUCUUAUUUAAGCAGUACUCGGAUGCUACUGUGGAUGGAAUCUUUAAAGAGGGCAAAAGUUUAUCAGCUCUAACAGCUGCUGUCUUCCGCCUGAGGGUGAAAUUACCACGAGUGCUCUAGUGUACAGGUUAACUAGCAUUUAACAAAUGCCCAGAUUAGAGGAGCAUUGCUGGAGUUGCUCUUGCUCAAGGAGGAGAGACCAAAACUGCACACCAGUCAGCCCUUGGAUAACAAGCAGAGUUGGAAAAGUCAUGUCCUCCUUAAAUUCCCUCAUCAGCCUUGCCUACAGCACUCUAGCCAGCAAUGAAGGCCGCAGCCUGAUGAGAAGAAGCAUUGUCCUCUUCUCUGUUGGUGCUUUUCUAGCUUUGGUGCUUAAUUUACUUCAAAUACAAAGGAAUGUGACUCUUUUCCCUGAGGAGGUCAUUGCUACCAUUUUCUCAUCUGCUUGGUGGGUACCUCCAUGCUGUGGUACAGCAGCUGCUGUUGUUGGUUUGCUGUAUCCCUUUAUUGACCGUCAUCUUGGAGAACCACAUGAAUUCAAGAGGGAAUGGGCCAGCGUUAUGAGAUGUAUAGCAGUUUUUGUUGGAAUUAAUCAUGCAAGUGCUAAACUUGAUUUUGCCAACAAUGUGCAGUUGUCACUAACACUUGCAGCUUUGUCUUUGGGCCUGUGGUGGACAUUUGACCGCUCUAGAAGUGGUCUUGGGCUAGGAAUUACAAUUGCCUUUCUUGCAACACUCAUAACACAAUUUCUUGUGUAUAAUGGAGUAUACCAAUAUACGUCACCAGAUUUUCUCUACAUACGUUCUUGGCUGCCUUGCAUAUUCUUUUCAGGAGGUGUAACUGUCGGAAAUAUAGGACGGCAAUUAGCAAUGGGGCCUCAAGAAAAAGUACACAAUGACUAAGUUAUCGCUUAAAAGGCACCACUACACAAGGAGACGGACUACCUAAUACUGGAAAAAUUUAAAGCAUGUAUCUAUGUAACAGCUCUGGAACUUUCCUGCUCCAACUAAAAGAUCAAGGGUGUUUUUAUUUUCCUUUUAGAAUUUUACAUUUUUGUGGUUUUCAGGUUGGUUUGUAUUCCUGCUUUAGUACAUCCAAUAGAUAACAUUAUGGAAAGGAAAGGGACAAAUCAAUGUCACAAUAUAUCUUUUCUUCCCUAAUUUGCUGCAGAUUUCUUUUUGAUCUUCCUGCAGUGUGGUAAGAUUUGAUAUUGUACUAUGCAUGGUUAGAAUAAGCUGUUCAUCAGAUUUACAAUCCAGUAUUACCAUUUGACAAAAUAUGAACUCUCAUCUCCAAGCUUUACCGAAGGGAGAUAGAAUUGGUGAAAGGUGCUUCUAAUAGGUGUGGUGCUGAGCAGAAUUGUAUUAUUUAUCCAAGAUGUAAAAUAAGGCUGUAAGUGAAAAGGUUACUUGGAACAGCACUUUAAAUGUGUUGUAUGAAGCUGAAUAUUGUUAAAGACUCCAAAUGGAAAACUGGCUGAAAUUGUUUGUUUGAACAAUUAGAUAUAAAACACUUCAGAUUGAAUUAUAAAUAAAAAUACAUUUUUAUUUUAUUAUACCUGUAUAGUUAAAAUCUGUGAAUAUUAAUUUAAUAAUUAAUAUUUUCACAUGGAAGAAAAUGAUUAACUAUGCCAUAUUUUUAUUUAUUUAAUUUUUUUCUUAAAUUUAUUUUUGUUUCUGGGGCCAAAUGGCACCUAAAAAUAGUCAUAGUUCCAAAUUCAGUUAGUGUUCUCUAAAUUGUAUCAGUUCUGUUGCUCAAAAAUCCAUUGAUCAUUAACCGAUACUAUUAAAACAUUUUUUUGAAGUUUCAAAUGUCCAGUUUUCUGAUUUAUGUAAAAUUAUUAUAGACCUGUAACCUUAUAUUCUCUUGACAGCCUUAUUAAUAAUAAUUGCAGUCUGUGAUUGCCUUGUAAAAAGAAAAGUGCAUUUGUCACUUCAUUGAACAUUGUUUUUUAAUGUUAUUAUAUUGUUGAGCACAAGUAUUCAUUGUAUACAUUUAAUUACAUGUAGAUCAAUUUCAAUCUGAAUCUUAGUGAAGAUAAAGUGCAAUGUGUUAAAAAUCUUAAAUAUAAGCCUAGUAUUAUAUUUAAAGGGUAUAUGAUUUUAUUUCUUGAACAAGCGCAUAUGAAUUGGUAUAACCUCCUCAGUUCUAGAUUGCUUUUUACUUAAGUAUUUUUCUCUUCUAUAUUAAUGGGUCCCGACCAUGAACAUUCAUUUUAACUUAAUUUGGUUGAACAUUAUACACACCUGUUUAUAAAAGAACUUGUUGAUGACGAGAUAACGUAAGUGAAAUUAGAAUUUUUUUAAAAAAAAAUCUAUUAAUAUUUUCCAAACAUUAGUCAAUAUUAAAAAUACAUGAGCUGUUAAUACUCACUGUUGUAAUCAUCCCACGCCAAAACUCUGGUUUGCAAGCACAGUCAUCUAUAAUGAGAAUUAGUAGUAGUGGGUUUAGCUGGUAUGUAUAAAAGUCAAUUUAAACAAAAAGCAAAUUUUAGAAAAAAAUUAUUAUAGGUGGUGCUGUCUAGUACUGAAGAGGGUAAUGCUUUUUGAAAAUUAAAAUAUAGCAAAUGUUAAUAUAAAUUUUCAAAAAAAUAUGUGACAUAUUUGUCUUAGAAAUGCUUGUCAAGCUAGGUUCAGAAUUACUCCAUUGUUUGUAUUUAUUUUAUUUGUUUUUCUGUUUUGUGUGUGUGUGUGUAAAGUUGCCUUUGCAAAUUGUACCUUAUUGGUUUUGGUUUCAACUCUUGCUUCAAGACAGCUGUGCAUCUAAUUAUGCUAACUGACAAUUUAAAGGGAUAGUAAACCCCAAAAUUUUAUUUUAUGAUUCAGAUAGGACAUACAAUUUUAAAUAACUUUGCAAUUUAAUUCUAUUAUCAAAUUGUCUUCGUUCUCUUGUUAUCCAUUGCUGAAGGGACAGCAUUGCACUACUGACGGUAAGCUGAAAUUAUCUAUAUACCCAAUCACAAGAGACAAAUGUGUGCAGGCACCAAUAAGCAGCAGCUCCCACUAGUGUAUGAUAUGUGCAUAUUCAUUUUUUAACAAGGGAUACUAAGAGAACGAAGCACAUUUGAAAAUAGAAGUGAAUUUAAUAGUAUCUUAAAAUGACAUGCUCUAUCUAACUCAUGCAAGUUUAAUUUUGACUUUCCUAUCCCUUUAAACACAUAAAAUGUACUUCUGUAUCAGUUGAAGGUUCUCCUACUUGAAACUAUUACAGAUAGCAAUUGUACAAAACCUACCAAGUCUUAUAUUCAUUUCCUCCUAUGUGGAGUCCUGUAAACUAUUUUUGUUUAGUUAAAGGGACACUGAACCCAACUUUUUUCUUUCGUGAUUCAGAUAGAACAUGCAAUUUUAAGCAACAUUCUAAUUUACUCCUAUUAUCAAUUUUUCUUCAUUCUCUUGCUAUCUUUAUUUGAAAAAGAAAAUGCAGACCCUGGACAGCACUUGUUUAUUGGUGGAUGAAUUUAUCCACCAAUCAGCAAGGAUAACCCAAGUUGUUCAUCAAAAAUGGGCGGCAUCUAAACUUACAUUCUUGCUUUUCAAAUAAAAAUACCAAGAGAAUGAAGAACAUUUGAUAAUAGGAGUAAAUUAGAAAGUUGCUUAAAGUUGCAUGCUCUACCUAAAUCACAAAAGAAAAAAUUUGGGUUCAGUGUCCCUUUAAGUAAUUGAAAUCCAUCAGUAACUUAAAGGGAUACUGAACCAAUUUUUUUUCUUUCAUGAUUCAGAUAGAGCAUGCAAUUUUAAGCAACUUUCUUAUUUACUCCUAUUAUCCAUUUUUUUUUUUCGUACUCUUGCUAUCUUUAUAAAAAAAAAAAAAAAAGCAGGGAUCUAAGCUAAGGAGCCAGCCCAUUUUUGGUUUGGAAUCGUGGAUAGCACUUGCUGAUCGGUGGCUACAUUUAGCCACCAAUCAGCAAGCACAACCCAGGUGCUUAGCCAAAAAUGGGCUGGCUCCUAAGCUUACAUUCUUGCAUUCAAAUAAAUAUAUCAAGAGAACGAAGAAAAAAUUAUAAUAGGAGUAAAUUAGAAAGUUACUUACAAUUUCUGCUCUAUCUGAAUCACGAAAGAAAGCUUUUGUGUUUAGUGUCCUUUUAAAGAAACAAAGUUAUGUUCCUUUGUUGCACCAAAAAGAGGAGAUUUUAUUGUCAGCCAGUGAGUUUCUGCUCCUUGACCAGCUGAGCACUUCCCUGCACUUCAUAUUUGUUUCAAAAUAGAAAUGCCCUUUUUUGUGUGUAUUAAAAUAUAUAAAUAUUAUAUAUAGUCUUGCACUUUCAUAUCUAUUAUUGCAAUAUCUUAAGGUUUUAAGUUCCUUAAAUUGAUUAAAUUCUGAAGAUGCAGUCACAUAUUAAGCUUUCAAGUAAAUCUUUAAAUUUAUUAUGUUAAAAAAAUAUUAAAACCAACUAUCAUUUUAGAGGUCCAGAUACAUUUGCUGAAAUCGGUUACUUCUAUUAUUUAAAUCAUGACUAAGGCUUGUAUUUUCAUUACAUUGUUUUUGUUACACUUUUCUUCAUUUGAGUAUAUAGCCAAAAUAUGCAAACAAGCUUGAAUGUUGCCAACUCUUGUAGCAAGUUUUUGAACCAAAGUGAUCUAAUUUGAUUAUUUUUUUUUAUUUGCACUAUGCUGGAUUUAAACAUGUGAUUCAGUUACCAGAUCAUGUGUAGGAUUUUUGUGGUAUGUUAAUAGAUGUACAUAACAUAUUUUGUAUUAUUAUUAAAGGUUAUGGUUCAUUUUGA